AAGAGUGGGAGUUCAGCUGGCUAGCUAGAGGGGCUUGUUUCCGCCCCGCUCCUGGGUGGUGGGCGGCCAUUUUAGGUGCGUGUGAUUAAGGGCUGUGGCGGGAUUGGCUCCGCGUCUAGGUUCGUCUGCUGCUUCCCACCUACCACGGCCGGAUCCGGAGCCCGUCCCCGCGGGGCGGGACCGCGCAACGGCCGACUCUUUUCCAGGUGAAGGGUAACCCCGCCGAGGAGACACUUAAGUUCUGGAAAUAGCAACUCAGUAUCAUGGCCGGCAGCCCUAAUGAAGAUUCAGAAGGAAGCAGAAUCACUUAUGUGAAAGGAGACCUUUUCGCAUGCCCCAAAACAGACUCUUUAGCCCACUGUAUCAGUGAGGAUUGUCGAAUGGGUGCUGGGAUAGCUGUCCUCUUCAAGAAGAAAUUUGGAGGGGUGCAGGAACUGUUAAAUCAACAAAAGAAAUCUGGAGAAGUGGCUGUUCUGAAGAGAGAUGGGCGAUAUAUAUAUUACUUGAUUACAAAGAAAAGGGCUUCACAUAAGCCAACUUACGAAAAUUUGCAGAAGAGUUUAGAGGCCAUGAAGUCCCACUGUCUGAAGAAUGGAGUCACCGACCUCUCCAUGCCCAGAAUUGGAUGUGGUCUUGAUCGUCUGCAAUGGGAAAAUGUAUCUGCAAUGAUUGAAGAGGUGUUUGAAGCCACAGACAUCAGAAUUACUGUGUACACACUGUGAACAGAUGUGCGCUGUGGAUGUGUCCAUGGUCUCCUGUCAUCCCUACUGGACCGUAGCACUGGACGAACUGACGGAAAACGGUCUGAAGAAAGUUUCAUGUGAAGUAGUCUGUGUCACAGGCCAGACUUGGGUGGCUGUAUUCUCAUGAUGGGACUGGGAUUCUGGAGGAGGGAUUGCUUGGGAAAUGUUGCUGUGAUUUUUUUUUUUUUUCCCACAUUCAGGAAGGUAAAGAGUAGAAUGCCCCAUAUAAGGCAAGGAAAUCAGAGAUGUUGGGCCUCUGACCCGUUUUGAUCCAGGAUACUACCUGACUUGUUCAGCUUGCCACUAGGUGGCAGCAUUGAUUCUACUUCUCUGCUGUUAAUAAGAAAAAUUUCAGGAAGGAUGAACAAUUUCAAUUAGUUUUGUAUCUUUUGUCAUUGUGAGCUUGCUUGGUAUUAUCCUUAUGUCAUAUUCAUCCUAGGAGAGAAUUAUGGGUUUGGUUUUGUUUAAAUUACAAAAAUGAGUCUUAACGUUGUUAACAAGAAAUUUGUGGUGACAAAAAAGGAAAAAUAAAUAUUUUUUUCUUGGGGGGUCCA